AUGGACCACCACGACACUAUCUUUAAAGAGUUGACGACACCAGCAGAUACAUGUCCUACAUUGACGUUUUCUACACAGCUUCGAACAGUAUUGGCCAUCGAAACGAUUUCCAUCUGUCUUCUCUCCGGUAUCGCCCAGAUUCCGAUGAUUUUGAUCUUGGGUGCAUUUUUCGUGACGUCAUUUUUUACAUACGUGAUCCUGGACGGGACACUGAUUCUUCAUCGGGUCGCCUAUACAUUCUAUCCAUACUCUGCUGGUCGAGUGCUGUCGAAGACUGUUUUGGAGAUUUAUCUGGGUCUCGUUGGAGCACUGCACAUCACAAUUAUCGCGCUGACGAUCAGUCCACUAUGUGGAUAUCAAUUCUGUCCGCAGACUAUGAAACGCUUCUUUACACAUGGACCACUGUCACCUUUUCUUGUGUGGAUGAACAGGGUAUGCAAUCACGUGUUUGGCUUAACUGGACUUUUUGCAUACGUUGCAAUAUGCGUGUAUCUUUUCGCUCGAGGAACUCUAAGAUUUGGUAACAAUUCCGAAAUUCGCCUCACUCUACAGGUUAUUGUAAUGUCUACAAUUGGCAUGUUUUACUUCUCCUACUUUGAAUUCCAUGAAAUGUUGAAGAUUCCUCAACCGGCUGCGACUAUAAUCUAUGAAACUGUGGUUCUUCUGUACUACAAUUCCGAAUUUGCGCCGUACCUACUUCUGAACAAGAAAGACCUCUUUGCUGACGUCUCACAGCUCAUCGCUUAUAUCCGCAGAGACAUGCCCCGCCAAGAUUGUAUUAGAAGUACCGCAGUGAUUGCACGAGAUCAGCAUGUGCGAAGUAUCGUAUUCAGUCCUCUUUGCUUGCAGUUGGAGAAAUCCACAUCACCUCCCGUCAAACGUGCUGCUCCUGCGAAAACGAUCAAUACAUGA